AUGAAGUUAAUCCAUCAGAACAUCUUCAAAAGAGACAAGAAAGCCCUGAGAAGUGCUGUGCAAAAACGCGGUCCCGAAGUUGAACUGAGAAGGUGGAGAACUCCUGGUUCCAGCUCGAGCCCCUCGGUGUUGGGCCGGUGGGCCGGGAGAUGUUCUCCAUGGUGCCUCGUCUCCUCUGCAGACCAUGGAGCAGUGACGAAUGGGGUGUGGGGAACCAUGGGUUUCGUGUGUCAGGAUUUGGAAGGUGUAGAUUUGCGCGGGUUGAGGAAUUUAUGGGUUCAGGGCCUGGGCUUGCAUAGGCUUUUGAAAGGGUCCAAAGAGGUAGGAUUCUUCCCUGUCAGUAGAGACCCCAACUGA